AUGUGCCGCGGCGGUCAAGAGAUCUGGCCAGUUCUACAAUGUAAGGAACCACUGCCCACUGGGCUCUCCCAUCAUCGAAUCGACAAACUGAUGGUGAUCGGCGAUGCUGCCCGUGUUGUCCUUCCACUAGGUGGUUAUGGAGGCAGGCAGGCUAUGGAGGAUGCAACCGUGGUUGAAUCGGCUGGGAAGGAAACUGUACCACAGGCCCUUACUUUCGCGUAUAUUCCACGGUGUGAAGAAGGCUCAGACCUGAUGCCCUGA